GCACCGCGCGCCGCACGCGUCGACGUCGAACCGAUAUUUACCGACAAAUUCAAACGAACGCAUUCCUAUUUCAAAAGUUGAAAUUUAAAAAUCGAAUGAAACGUCGCAAAUUGAAAAAGAAUUUUGACAUUUCGUGAGUGUUUUCAUUGUUUUCCCGCGCGAUUAAGUGUCAGUGUAGUUUUUAAGUUUAUAUUUUUUUAAAGUGUCUGAUCUGAUCAUAGUGCGUUGGUUACACAGCCAGUGUUCUUAUGUGGAGGUGUCAGAUGGGAGGUCGGAUUUUCUAGCGCAAGGAGAAAGCAUUGCGAAUGAUGGUAUGGCCAGAGCCACAAGCAUUCAGAAGCACGGAAUAAAGACACUAUAAGAAUAUUAUAUAACACAAUAAAAAAUAACGUAACGCUAACUAGCUGAGUGACCUUGAGUGAAGCAAGCGUAUUAAAACGAUAAUAUUAUCUGUGGCUCUUAAAUAACAAAUAAGAAAAACUAACAGUGAUUUUAUUUUGUAAAUUCAAAUAACGUGAAGUUAAAACCAUUGAACGAAUGUGCCAUUUUAUGUAUCGAUUGAAAGGUUUUGAAAUUCGAACGUGGAAUUGAUUUCUUUUUAAUACAUUCCAUUUUUAAACAGUGCGAUAAUAAAAUAUGUUUUGUCAUUAAAAGUAAUAAGAAUUUAGGCGUUCUUUUCUUUUUAAAUUUGAAGUGCCAGUGUUUUUAAUUCAACUGACUUUAUUCUCUAAAGGAAGUGAAAGUGUCGUAACAAGUUAUAAUUGUUACGUUAUUUUAAAAGUUUUGGAGUGUCAGUGUUGUAUUGUAACGUUAUUAUAUCUAACGAGUUAUAACGUUAUAAGUGUAAAAUGCUAAGAUGGCGUUUAUCGGCCCGAGGAACAGUGCGCCUGUUAUCCGGGACAGUUUGCACACACCGGCGUAUGAGAUCAAGUUGGAGACGGUGCUGGGUCUCACGGUCAGCAGCAACGCGGCCCUGGACUGCGACCCCAACACCGAGCUGGUCGCUUACCCUGCAGGAUGCACAGUGGUCCUGUACAACGUGCGCAAGAACCGGCAGUCGCACGUGCUGAACGCGUCGCGCAAGUCGGUGACGUGUGUCGCCUUCAGCCCGGACGGGCGGUACCUCGCCACAGGAGAGUGCGGGCACGCCCCUGCCGUGCGAGUGUGGGACCUACAGGACCCGUCCGCGUCGGGGGCCGUCCAGAUAGCUGAGUUCCCAGGGCAUACGCAUGGGGUCAACUGUGUUGCGUUCUCAACAUCAUCCAAGUAUCUAGUCUCGGUGGGUUCCCAGCACGACAUGAUAGUCAACGUGUGGGACUGGCGGGCCAACCUCAAGCUGGCCAGUAAUAAGGUGUCGUCCCGUGUGAAGGCGGUCAGCUUCUCGGAGAGCGGCAACUACUUCGUAACCGUCGGCUUCAGACACGUCAAGUUCUGGUACCUCGAGUACUCCAGGAAUGCCAAGAUCAAGGAGCCGGUGCCCCUGAUGGGCCGCUCGGCUAUCCUGGGCUCGCAGAAGGACAACGAGUUCUGCGACGUGGUGUGCGCGCGCCACGGCGAGGACAGCGCCUACGUCAUCACGCGCGGCGGCCUGCUGUGCCAGUUCAACAGCAGGAGGCUGCUGGACAAGUGGGUCGAGCUGAGGACGACCUCAGCGAACUGCAUGGCGAUAGGGUCGCAAUACAUCUUCGUCGGGUGCGCAGAAGGCAUCGUGCGGGUGUUCGCGCCGGAGACCCUGCAGUACAUCACCACACUGCCGCGCGCGCACUACCUCGGUGUGGACGUGGCGCAGGGCGCCGACAUCAGCCAUAUGUUCACGCAACCACCGAACGCGCGGUACCCAGACGCCGUGGCGCUUACUUACGACGAGCGGAACCACAAACUGACCUGCGUGUACAACGAUCACAGCCUCUACGUGUGGGAUGUCCGGGACAUUAAGCGGGUGGGCAAGUCCCACUCGGCGCUGUACCACUCGGCGUGCAUCUGGGGCGUGGACAUGUCCGCGGGCGGCUGCUUCCUGACGUGCUCCAGCGACGACACCGUGCGCGCCUGGACGCUGAAGCAGCACCAGCCCUCCAACAUAUACAGCAACGAGUUGACAAAAGUGGUGUACAUAGAUCCUGAGCUGAAGUUCUUGAAGGACGCGGACCUCACAGCCACCAGCGACAAAGACAAGGGCAAAUCAUAUGAUGACAAGACUGGAGUUCGGUGCGUUCGCGUGUCCCCGGACGGGCAGCACAUAGCGUCCGGCGACCGCGCCGGGAACAUCUGGGUGCACGACACCACCGGCCGGCUGCUGCGCACCCUGGAGGCGCACGAUGCCGAGGUGCUCUGCCUCGAGUACUCCGCCAGCCCCAGGCUGCUGGCGAGCGCGUCCCGGGACAGACUGAUACAUGUGUUUAUGUGUGAUAAGGGUUACCAAAUAAUGCAAACGUUAGACGACCAUUCGUCGUCAAUUACCGCUGUGAGGUUCCUCAACCCUGGCACGGGGCUGCAGAUGGUCUCGUGUGGCGCUGACAAGACAAUACUCUUCCGACAGUUACGGACGGGCCCCGACGGCGGGUACCAGUUCGUGCGCCUGCAGAACGUGUCGGGGCGCAGCACGCUGUACGACAUGGAGGUGGACGCGGGCGCGCGCCACGUGCUGGCGGCCUGCCAGGACCGCGCCGUGCGCGUCUACAGCGCCGCGCAUGCGAGACACACCAAGACCUUCCGCGGGACGCCCACCGACGACGGCACGCUCAUCAAGGUGGCGUUAGACAACAGCGGUAUAUAUCUCGCGACAUCGAGCACGGACAAGAUGCUGAGCGUGUACGACUACUACUCUGGCGAGUGCAUGGCCACCAUGUACGGACACUCCGAGAUCGUCACCGGACUCAAGUUCACCCCGGAUUGCCAGCACCUGGUGUCGGCGUCAGGAGACGGCUGCAUCUUCGUGUGGCGCGUGCCCCACGACAUGGUGGUCACCAUGCGGGCGCGGCUCGCGCAGCAGGCCAUACGCCAGGGGAAGAAAGUCCCAUUGUCAAACGGGUUACCAGCCCUGGACAGCGAGCAGGACUCGCAGCUCGGGUCGCCCCCGCGCGACCUGCCUGAUAACAAGUUCACAGCGCCCUCCGUACCGGACUAUACACUGAGGAUAGGACGUCUCCCAUCCUGGGCGAAGAAGAGUCUCGGCGACGAGUUAGCCGCCCCGGAGUCACCAGCGCCCGAGCCACCUGCCCGGGGCAAAUGGGCCACCAGGAUCAACCCUGCUCCUGAGAAGCGGGUGGACUCUGACGGCUCGAAGGACAGUUCGCUAGACAGCGGAACUGACACACGAUACAUCGAGAAGAGAAGAGAACAGGCCAAACAGAGGCCAAAGUCCCUCAACCUGUCGCAGUUGCCUCGCGUCGAAGCCUUAUUUCGACAUUUCGACGCUUCUAUCAAACAGACAUACGACAUUCUGUCCAUUUCGCCGAAGGUUGACAAGGUAACACUGAACCUGUCGAAGGCUCGUACUCCGGAUGGACGGACCAGACACCAUACGGAUGAUUCGUCGCUUGGCAGCUUUAAGUACGAGGAUCAAGAGUCAACAGAGCAUGAUGGCGACAUUGAAGACAUAUCCGACGGAGAGCGCACUUCGUCCUCGGAGCGCGGGAAUAGGACCAUGUACUAUCCAGGGAAUAAUGAUGAAGAUAUACCCGGCGAGUUCAUGGUGAACGCAAUGGACGCGGAGGAGCUGCGGCAGUCGGUGCGCAUGUCCCGGCGGCGCCCGCCCGCGCCCGCCGCGCCCCAGGCCUCGCUCAGCGGCUCGCCCAGGGACUCCGACGACGACGAGGUGUCAACUCCGUCUGGUGACAACGCGGACCGGAACCCACUGUCUGGUUCGUGUGAGUCCAUCGACACGGCUGGUCGACGCGAGAAGUACCUGAAGAGUGCCUUCGACAGCCUCAGCGGGGCUGAAGAGGCUCUGUCACAAGGCAACACGUCGCUGUCGGCGCAGCACCUGUCCCGGCCGCGGCCGGCGCCGGCGCCGCGCGCCGCCCGCCCGCCCGAUGCCGACGCCGCCGGCCGGCGCGAGGAGCUGCAGCGGAGGAUCCUGGAGACCAGGAGGCAGCUGGAGAGCGUCGCUUUCCGUUCCAAUCUGAAGUCGAGCCAGUCAACUACAGACCUAUCCUACAUCCCAGAGAAGGACAACUCUAGAAGGUCACGGCCCGUGUCUAUGGCCGUGCCGAGCAAUAGUCGACCUUAUGCAAGCAGACACCUCCUCUCGCCCUCUGACCAAGAGGAGGAGCCUCAGGGCAUGCGUCGAGCCAUAUCCCUCUCCGAUCUGGCGGCCAAACCGAUGCCGGCGCCGAGGACGCCCCAAGGUCCUCCGAAGCAGCCGUCUCCCCAGAACGGCAAUCCAGGGAAGUCUCCAUCAGGUUUCGUGAGACCCGCACCCCGGCACACUACUAAGAGUAAUAUGACCAGGAGUUCCAGUGUCGGUGUGCUUAACCAGAGCGACUCAGAGUCCGACGGGCAGCCUACCCGCACCGCUCGCGCGCAGGGCGUGAUGCGGCCCACCAUCUCGUCUAUCAACAAGCAGGCUUCCAACGUGCGCAGGCGGGGCCUCGCUAACGCUUAUAGUGCUAUGAGCCUCUCGACGGCAGCCCAGGAGGAGUCCAGCUCGGAGGCCGAGGAGACCCGGGAAAAGCCCGCAGUACCGCCGCGGCCCCGAGCGGGGUCCGUGGACCAUACGCAGAGGAGGAUAGGGCGCAGCGGCAGCGAGCGUGACCUGUCGGCCAAGGCGCGCGAGGUGACGGCGCGACUCACGGCCGGCCCCCGCCCGCGGGGCCGCCAGGACCCGCCGCAGCACCAACACAACUUGUCAUCGUCGGAGCUGUGUUCAGCGCUGACCGAGCAGCUGACGAAGACAGCGAGCAAGGUGGUUCAGCUGUACAGAAGUCUGCAGCGGGAACCGAACGCCGCAGACGAUAUUAGCGGCCUGGAAGCAGCUAUCCUGGAGACCCAGAAGGUGCUCCGGAGUGCGGUGCUCAAGAAUGGUGGCUCCGCCAGCAGCGUGUCCUCGGACGGAGACCAAGCCAUACACAGCACAAGCCAGAGAUUGGAGCACCUACUUGCUAAAGAAACAAACGCGAACAAUCCAGCUAUGUCCCUGAUAGAACAAUACUCAGACAUACUCCUCAACAUGAUGCAGACCAAGAUGGUGAAUCAGUUCUCCCAGAGCCCCCAGAGUCCUCAGAGCUUACCCCCCACAGCGCCCAGAGAAGGGGGGGAGAGCUAGUACUAUGAGUGGUAUUUAGGUACACUUAACAUUUGAUUGACAAUUCGUGAAAUGAGAAAACCAGCUGAUACUACUGUGCAGUUAAUUAAGCUGGUAUUUAAUCUAAGUGACAGUAAGAAUCAGUGAGGUGUGGGUGGGUUGUAUUUUAUCUAUCUAUCUCGCACCUCACCGAGCUUUCUUUACAUACAUACAUAAAUAGCCUAUAUACCUUCACUGGGCACAGCAUUCCCCUCAAUUAAUCUAAGGUAUAAAGAGGGGGAGUUACUGUCACAUUUGAGAUUAAAUCAGCUUAAAAGAUAAGUAUGGAAUGAAGGAAAUAGCAAAUAGAAAGUUGACGUUUUCAUGUACCUACGAGCAUGUGUUUUAGUAUUGUUAUGUGAUGAUAAUUCAACGUGAACAAACGAGUGACAAAAACAGCUAGUACUGUUUUACUGCGAUGUUUUGUGAAAAUUUAUGUGUAAAUUUGGUAUAAAAAGAGGGAAAAUUCGUUAUAAAUUAACCAAGGCAAAAGAUCGAAUGUGCAUACAGCCAUGGUAUAACAAUACCAGCGGGCCUAGCACCGUAAGCACGCGACUCUUUCUCGCCGCGACAGAGAUCAUCUGUCUCUUUCUGUGCAGUACUGUGAGAGAGAGACGGGUGACGUAUGUCGCGGCGAGAAAGAGUCGCGCGCUUACGGCGCUAAGCCCAUAGAUGUGCUCAACCCUAUGACAAGCCGCCAUUGCUAGCCCAUUGAUGACGUAAGUGUUACCAUUCAAUUGGUAUCUCCAACAUUUCAAGGAGGUAAAUUUUUUAUUGAAAAAAAUUUCCUUGCAAAGUAAAUGAAAAACAUUGGACGUGGGUAAUUAUUUUUUUUUUACGAAAUGGCAACGCAGGGUCGGAUGACGUCAGCUGGGCUAACCUUGAAAUGUUAGCUGUCAGUUUUGAGCAUACCUGGUCUUCUUAUACUAUGCAUACAGCCUCAUUUUUUUCCGACACUCGUUUAGGACAGGCUAAGAUCACAAGACCUUGCUGCCUAAUAAGUAAACAGCCUGAAUUACUCUGUGCAUUGGCGAGAGUUUAGAAGAAAAAGAUAUAAAUAAAAUUGUUAGAGGCAAACGUUUUUGAUGGUACAGCCUAAGUAAAU